AUGACAGAGAUGUCCAUCUACGAUUUUAGCGUGGAGGCCCUGGACGGCCUUCCCGUUUCGCUCGGCUCUUACAGAGACAAGUUUCUUGUUGACGCGCUUUGUGUUCACUUGUCCGCUGCGCAGUACCACCAACUGAAUGCACUCGCUGAGAAGUACGGCGACCUCAACUUCACCAUCCUUGGAUUUCCCUGUAACCAGUUUGGCCUCCAGUCCCCUGAGGAAAACCAUGAAACCCUCAAUUCAUUGAGGUGUGUAAGGCCUGGUGGAGGUUUCAUUCCAAAGUUUCCAAUAUUCGGGAAGGUCGAAGUUAAUGGACUAAAUGAAGAUCCUCUCUUCACUUACCUCAAGGAUACCUUGCCCUUUGUAAACCCACUCAUUGGUGAGAUGAAGAAAUUCUACUGGUCACCACUCAGGGUCAAUGACAUUCGCUGGAACUUUGAGAAGUUCCUGAUACGGGCAGAUGGAGUACCUUACAGGAGGUACGAACUGCACAGUCCAUUCGAGGAGCUGGAGCGAGACGUUGCAGAUCUGCUGUAGAGCUAUGAGAUUGCUGCAGGGCUGACGGGAGGUUACUCUUUCACUGGGAGAGGCAUUGUGAUGAUCCCUCGGUAAAUGCAGACAUGCACCUGAGCUGGACCUGAUGGAAGCGGGCACAGUGCUAAGAGCUUCGGUGCAUUCGCUCUGAGCACGUUGCCCGGCCAGCCUCAACAGUGCUAGAUUAUUUUCCCACACUCCUGUGACACCUCCACUGAUGAU